AGAAAAUCAUCUAAUUCUUUCUUAGAUAAAUAUUUUAAAUGAUAGAAUUGUAUUGUCAAUAAGAAAAUCAUGAAAAUGAGACAAUUAUUGGUGUGUGUACAAAUGAAAUAUGUAGAAAUAAAAGAUUAUGUUGUUUGGAUUGUGUAAAAGAGUUUCAUUCGACUCAUAAUAAUGAUAUUUAAGGAUUACGAUCUUUAAAAAAUUAACUAACAAUUUGUGAAGUAUAAAUAGAAAAAAUGAUAGAAAGUAUUGGAGUAAUUAUUCAAUUUUUAAAUUAACUUAAAGAAUUGGAACAAAUAAUUUAGAACUCAAAGGAGUAUUUAUCCAAAAUAAAAAGACAAGAGUUUUAAAAUUUAGGAAAUAAAGAUUAUGAUCGUUUUAUAAAUGAGCUCCUAAUUAUUAAAUAAAUUGAUGAAGCAUUUUUAAAAAUAAAGGAUAUUUCUAAUGAGGAAUUUAGUUAAAAAUUUAAGGAAAUUAAAACAAAAAUUGAAUCUUUUUAUGAAUACUAAGAUUCACAAAUAUCGAAUAAUAGCAAUAUUAAAAUAUAAAAUGAAUUGCCUUAAUAAUUAGAUAGAUAAUUAAAAUUAAAUCAUUCAGCUUCAUUAUUUUUAUCUAAUAACAAUGAGCUUCCAGAAUAAAGAUCUCCUAUUAAUUCUUAAAUAAGUUUAGAAUCACCAAGAUCAUUAAUUAUCAUAUAAAAAAAAAGAAGCGAAAUGCUUCCCAAUUACAAUAUUUUAGAUUAAUAAAGUAGUAAUUAAGUAGAGUGGAAUAACUAAUCUCCUCUUAAAGAAAAAAUUUUUUAAUUUAUAAAAUCUAAAUUUAUUUCACCUCAAUAAUCUGGUAACUAUUUUAAUGCUCAAAAAUAUAAUUGUUCAAUUCCUGACGGAUUUACAAAUUAUAAAAUUGGAUAUUUCCAUUUAAUAACCAAAAAGGAAUAUGUAAAUGAUGAAAGAAUUACUUAUGAAGAAGCAAAUUAAUAAUUACUUUUAGAUUUAACAUAUUUCUAAAAUAUAGUAGAAAACUAUUUAUAACAUUUAAAGAUAAAUUUAAAUAAUUAUCCUGAAAAUAUGAAAAUGCUUAUUGUACUAGUAGUUUUUAUAGAAAAGAAUGAAAAAUCAAUCUCUGAAAUAUUUAUCAACAAAGAUUAUUAAGAGCUAUACAAAAAAAUAAAUGGUUUAAAGUUAUGCUCAAAUAAAGCAAAACAUAUAUGUGAAAAGAAAACAUAUUUAAAAGAGAUUUGCUCUUUUUUUAAGACUUUAUAUCGUUGUUCUAAUGGAUAACCAAGGAAAUGA